GCAUCUUUCCCCCUUUGCCCAACACUCCAGCCCACGAGAUCUGGACAUUCUACGUGAGCUGACCCUCGUAUACCUAUCCUGGCGCGAACUGUGAUUGAUGCGGCUUGCUCGCGCGCAAGCGAGAUGACAACCAAAGAAGAAGUCGACCUGCCCUCACCAGGCAUCGUUACCCGAGGCUACCAGCAGGAGUUACUGGACGAGAGCCUGCGCAGGAACAUCGUCAUCGCACUCGACACUGGAUCAGGGAAGACCCACAUCGCAAUGCUCAGGAUGAAGCACGAAGUGGAGCACACCUCAAACAAAGUUUCAUGGUUUCUGGCGCCGACUGUGGCCCUCAUCGAGCAACAGCGCGACGUCAUUGCUGCAGCCAUUCCCGUUUCCGUUGGCCUGAUCUCAGGCGCAUCUGCUCCAGACCAGUGGAAGGAUGCCGAUCUCUGGUUGAACAUCCUCUCUCAACAUCGAAUCGUCGUCUCCACCCCACAAAUCCUCCUAGACGCCUUGCGUCACGGCUACAUCAACCUCGGCAAGCACAUCUCUUUGCUCGUCUUUGAUGAAGCGCAUCACGCGAUGUCGAAGCAUCCUUACAACGAGAUCAUGAGAGGAUUCUAUCAUCCGUUGCCGCCAAGGCACGGUUGCGAUAUUCAGGCAAUCGUACGUCCUGCUAUCCUCGGCCUCACGGCAAGUCCCAUCUAUAGUGCAAGCGACAUUGCAAAGUCCUUUCGCGAGAUCGAAAGUAACCUAGACAGUGUCAUCCGUUCGUCUCGAUUCAAUCGUGAAGAGCUGGCGACAUUUGUCCACAGGCCAGAGUUCCGUUACAUCCUGUACAACCAAAGCACAUUCACGGGCGCUUUAUCUUCCAGGUAUCUCAACACGCUAUAUGCUGUCGUCGACAGCUUGGAUAUCGAGAGCGAUCCCUACGUGAUUGCACUGCGCUCUCAGUUGGCCAAGCUGCCAUCUGGGAAGCAGCGCAACCGCGUGGAUCAGAAGUUGUCGAAAGCACUCGACAAGCGGGAUACCUUUACUCACAAAGGUCUUCGUGACUUCCUCCGCACCGCCACGGACAUCUACGCUGAACUCGGUUCUUGGCCCGCUGAUUGGUACAUCACCAGCAUCAUCCAGGCUACCAACGACGAGAUCGACCUACACACCGGCGUUUUAGGCUCCUGGCAAGAUCACGAGAAGCACUACCUGCUCAACAUCCUCUCCCGGGUUCCUGUAGAAACCCUUUCUUAUGACCCAGAACAUAUUCGUGCCGGCAUCACGCCCAAGGUCCACGAGCUGCUGAAGUGCUUGCGGAGCGAAGAAAGGCGGUCUAGAGCAGAAGAUGAGCCUUUCAGCGGUAUCAUUUUCGUCACUCGCCGCGACGCUGUUCUCGCCUUGGCGAGGGUUAUCUCCAGCCUUCCUGAAAUGACAGCCGAUUUCCAAAUUGGUUGUCUUCUGGGCACGUCGGCUAGCUUCAAGCGCCACGCGUUCUUGGACAUCUCGCGCUCGCUCCUCAAAGAGACUGCGACGCAGGUUUUGAAGGACUUCAGGACGGGCGACAAGAACCUUGUCGUAUCUACCGCGGUUGCGGAGGAAGGCAUCGAUAUUCAGGCCUGUGGCACCGUUAUCCGCUUCGACCCGCCGGACAACAUGGUCUCCUGGGCGCAAAGCAGAGGCAGAGCGCGACGGCGCAGGAGCACCUUCCUUGUCAUGCUUGGCAGCGAUUCUGCUUCCGAAAAGAUUGCACUAUGGCAGGAAAUGGAAAAGACCAUGAUUAAGUUGUACACUGAUACUACCCGCGGCAACGACCCUCCUCCCGAGACUGAGCUCGAGGAAGACUUAGAAUUCGUAGUACCACACACUGGGGCGAAGUUGACUCUAGAGUCCUCCAUCAGCCACCUGUACCACUUCUGCGCCAUCCUUCCACAUUCGUCUCACACGGUUCAAGGGCCCAUCUUUGAACUUGAUCCCCCGGAAUACGACGAGGGCUGGCAUUCUUUGGACCCGCGGUAUGCACCGGCUCCUUACGGCGGACCCUGGGGCGCAACAUGCACGCUGCCGCGUCAGGUCCCCAAGGAGGUCAAGACCGAGGACGGGGAGACGAUCAAGCUCCGUAAGUUUUCGACUUCCAGGGUGUAUCCAACGAAGCAGUCCGCGCGGAACCACGCAGCAUUCUUUGCGUACCACCAGCUGUACCUUGCCGGGCUCCUCAACGACCACCUGCUCCCGCUCACGAGUGCGAUCGACAAAGACGAGGACGGCGCGGUCAAGCUGUUGCUGCAGGACAUCGAGAAGCGCGCCGGGCUUACGAAGACGUCGAUCCAGUACGACCCCUGGCAGGCGACGGAAGGCGCGCAGACGUGGUGGUACAACGAAGUGGGGAUCGAAGGACUCCCGCGGCUCUUCAUGCUCACGCGCCAGCGCCUCGAGGCUCUGUCGGCGGACGAGUUGCCAGUGUUGUACAUCCCAGGCCGAGAUCCCCCAGCCACGCGCGUCGAGAUCUUCUCGGUGCCCGAGGAGAUGGAGGACGAAGGUGCCGUCAUCGCUGCGCAGGCGUACACGCAGCGCAUGUUCUCAUCGACCUACGAUAAGCACAUGGACCCUGACAGGAUGGACUUUCCCUACCUCUUUCUGCCCAUGGACGAGGCUCCAGACGAGGCAGAGUGGAGGGUCCGCCGCGAGUGGAUGCAGAAGCGGCUGUCUGUCGGGAAGUGCACGCGAUGGGAGGGCCCCCUGCGCACCAAUGCGGACGCGCUGGGUCAGCGAUUUACGUAUCCGGACAACCUCGCCUCUGUGCGCUCGAACCGAAAGUUCGAGAAGCCCUUGCAGUUUAAACACUGGCAUCAUGGCCCAAUCUCCGCUGAGGAAGAAGAAGAGUUCGAGGAACGCUACUGCGAGGCACCGUCCUACCCGCUGAUCGUCGCAGAGGCACCUCCACGCAGGAGGAACUUCCUCGAACCUCUCGACUCUGCUGACGCAGGCCUGUCAGAUGGAAAACCCGUAUUACUCCAUCCCAAAUACACCACAGUCGACUUGGUCUGCGCCGAUGACAUACAGUUCGCGCUGCUGCUGCCGUCGCUGCUCCGGUUCGCCUCCAUCUCGGCCACCGUGCACGCGGUGCGCAUCACCCUCUUCGCUUCGUCCCCGCGCCUGGCCUCGAUCCCCUUCACGCUGCUCCGGCCGGCGCUGACCGCGCCCGUCGCGACCGAUCUGGUCAGCUACCAGCGGCUGGAGACGCUCGGCGACACCGUGCUGAAGUACAUCGUGAGCGUCCUCCUGCACGCCCAAUACCCCCUCUGGCACGAAGGGUACCUUGCGCGACGCAAGGACCAUGCCGUCAACAACAACAGGCUUGCGAAGGAGGCCCUCCGGCUCGGUCUCCAGACGUGGAUCAUCCGGGACCGGUUCGCGGCCAAGAAGUGGCGCCCGCGGUAUAUCGGGGAUGCUGCGUCGGCACCGGCGAGCCCAGUGGCGGAGAAUAAGAACGAGGGCGCUGCUGCGGAUAUCGGCAAGGGGGACGACCCUGCAGGGGACGACAACGUUGAGGCCGAGGACGUUGGCAAUGCCAAGAAGGCUGGCGAGGGGAACGAUAAGGAAAACGGCAAGGAGGUCGCCCAGGGCGAAACGACCAAUGGGAACAAGGCCGCUGAUGCAGACAAGAAGAAGAAGAAGAAAAAGAAGGCGAAGACGCAGGAGCUGUCGACCAAGAUGUUGGCGGACGUCGUCGAGUCGCUGAUUGGUGCGGCGUACGAACACGGCGGGUUCGACUUGGCCACCGAAUGCAUGCAGCUCUUCCACCUCGGCAUCGACACGUGGGAGACUGUGCCAGCCUGCGUCGAGAAGUCGCUCGGCCAUAUCGAGGAGCUAGGCGAGCUCCCUCCGGCACUGGAGCUCGUCGAACGCAUGGUCGGCUACAAGUUCUCGAAGCGCGUCCUGCUCGUGGAGGCCCUGACGCACGCGAGCUACACCGGCGUCAUCGAGACGCAGUCCUACGAGCGGCUCGAGUUCAUCGGCGACGCUGUGCUCGACAUGAUCGUCACCGACUUCCUCUACCACGUCCCGGGCAAGAACUACACGCCGGGGCACAUGCACCUCCGCAAGGAGGCGCUCGUGAACUCGCACCUGCUCGCGUUCGCGUGCAUGAACACGCACGUCGACGUCGACGCGUCGAUGCCUGCGUGGAACGCGCAGGACGGGAUCGUGCUCGACACGGCGACGCAGCGGAUCCCGCUCUGCCGCUGCCUGCUGCACUCGAGCCCGCGGGUGCUGGACGACCUGAACCUGACGUACGCGCGCUGGGAGAAGCACGGCGCAGGCAUCCGGCGGGCGCUCGAGCACGACGUCAUCUACCCGUGGGCGGCGCUGACGAGCCUGCAGGCGCCCAAGUUCGUGAGCGACAUGUUCGAGAGCGUCCUCGGCGCGAUCUUCCUCGACUCGCACGGCGACCUGGGCACCGUCAGGGCGGUCCUGGCGAAGCUCGGGAUCGUACACAUCAUGGAGCGCAUCGUCGCCGACGAGGUCGACGUGUUGCACCCCGUGUCCAGGCUUGGGAUCUGGGCGGCCAAGAACGAGCGGAAGUGGGAGAUCAAGAGCGAGAAGAUCGACGGGGACAUCAGCUGCUACGUGAAGAUCGACGGUGUCGAAGAGUUCAGGGCGACGGAGCCGUUUCGAGGCAGGACGUCGCAGAAUGAGGUCCGCUUCGCUGCGGCGGAGGGUGCGAUUCGGAAGCUGCACGUUAUCGAGCAGGAGACCGCGGAAGAUGUGGACGAGGUUGUCAUCGAGGAGGAAUGGUUUUCGUUAGGAUGGGAGUGAGGCCGAGGUCGCUGCUCAUGCAGACAUUUUUCUUUUUCUUUUUUCUUUUCUUUUUUGGUUAUUUACACUGUUUCCGCGAACAUAGAGACUUUGCUGAUCUGAUGUUUGACGCCAACGCCA